AUGGCAGCAGUUCCGGCCAUUCAAGGGAUCGGCUUCACUACUUCUGGUAUUGCUGCCAACUCAGUCGCUGCCGGACUGAUGUCCAGCGCAGCUAUUGGCGCCGGAGGUGGCGUAGCAAGUGGAAGCACCGUCGCCGUCUUGCAAGGAAUUGGCGCUGCUGGUACCGUGCCAUUAGGAAUCGCCGCAGCUACGGUAGCUGUCCCCACAGUCAUCGGUCUCGGUGUUGGCGGAGUUUUUUUAACGGCCUUCACAAGGACAAGCUGGACUCCACAAGCGCAUACGAGCAGCAUGAUGCCGAUGAAACCUGCUGGAUUGUUGCCAUCGAGAAGGGCCCUGACAACGUUCGCGUGCUUCGGUACAACAAUGAGAGCGACGCUCGUAAGCGGUUCCAGAAGAGCUGGUCGAUUCGGAUUCUCUACAGUCCCGACGGCAAGAUCGCUACUGGUGGUUGGAACCGCUGGGCGCAUGCAACGAUUCGUCGCGUCAUGA